AUGACUUCUUAUUUUAGAAUAUUAAUGAAAUUCAUUAAUAUGUUUUUGUUGAUAUCAUUAUAUGGUAUCUCGGUGAAGGCAUCUUAGAUGUUAGGAAGUGAUGUAGUAAUGAAUUAUUCUAAUGCAUAAUAUAUGACAUAGAUGUCACUCAAAUUUUAAAUAGUUAAUGCUCUUACUACAACAGAUUUUGUAUAAUUUAAUUUACCCUUCCCUCUUCAUAGCUCACUUAUUGCAGAUUCAAAUGCUCCUAACGGUUAUCAGCGCCCUUAUGCUUUAUAAGCUUUAUGGUCAACAUUUGAUCCAGUUACCUAAGUUGAAGGACCAUAAAAAAUUGUCCAGCUCUUUUGUUUUACUAGUUAGUCAUCUACUUAUUUAGCCCAGUUUCUUUCUGGAAUCAAUCAAAUAAGUCCUCUUGUGCCUGGCUGGUAUAAAAUUCAGUUCAAUAUAUAGGAUCCAUCUGCAUUAAACUCAUAAAAAUAAUCGCAAUUACUCCAGGUAUAAACUUCUACAGUGAGUUCAAUAGAUUUAAAUGCUGUUUAAUAUGACUCUAAUGAAUCGCACUCUUUUAUUUACUUAGAUAAUCAACCAGCAAGUUCUUUAAGCUUAAGUAUCUCUUUUGACAAUCCUGCAACCUAGAAUCAAUUAUCAGUUUAGAACUUAGUCUACUUUGAUUUGACAAUUGAUCCUACAAUAAUUGACUAAAAUGAUAACAAAAAAUUCAUUAUACAAUUAUCAGAUAAAUCCUUCAUGUUAACUGGCACCUGUCAAUCUGUAGCAAAAACAUCUUUACCUAUUAUUAAUAUAUUAAAAAAUACUGAUUACACUUGUGCUGUUGAUAAUACUAAUAAUCAAAUGGUCAUCAUACUUAAUGUCUCUGCACUUUAAAUAUAAACAGUUUUUCGUUUCAGUGUUUAGGUAUAAAAUCCUGAUUUUGUUUGGUAAGGAGUUAAUGUAAAUGUGUAUGCAUUACAUUAAUACUCCUCAACUAUUAUUUAAAUUGGUAAUGUUCCCAAUGCUUUUUACACAAAUUCUCUCAGUAUAGCUUCUCAUUUACUAUAUCUAGCUUGGGGAAUGUAGGAUUUACCUAGCUUACCUAUGAAUAUGUAUGCAGUUAGAGGAUCUCCACCUGCAAAUCCAGGUUAUGUGCCUUAUAACUAAAUCAAUUUAAGAUUCAAAAUGAAAGAUGCCAUGCCAAAUUCACAAGAAUAUAGAAUUAUCAUUUAGCUUAAUACUGAUAUUACUUCUUAAUUGUUAACUGGUUCUAUUAUCCAUAACUUACCAAGCUUCAAUAAUAAAAAUGUAGUUUGCAGAGAAUAUGACGCAACAAACCCAUCCACAAGACGUCUAGUUUGCUCUUAAGUUAGUGCACUAUAAAAUUCAUAGGAAUACUUUAUAUCCUUCAAAAUGUUCUUCUAAUUUGAAGUUUAUUAAGCUUGGAUUGAUUGUUCUUAAUUUGGUACAAUCUAAAUUCAAAGUAUGAUUCCUAUGACAUCGAAUGACAAUAUUUUUGCAAUAUCUAAAGACAUUAAGUUUAUUAAUUAAAUGAGAGAUACAAGCUAGGCAUCUGUUGUUAAUACUGAUAAUAAUGUAGCAUUUUUGCAAAACUUAAAAAGCUUUAGUAGUAUUGUACUAUUAGUGAAUGCUUAAGAUUUUACUGACUACCCAAAUGAAGUAUAUUCGACUAGCAGGCCAUAUACUUUUAGCAAUAAAUUUACUUCGUACUAAGAUUACUUUGUCCCAGCCAAUAAUGUAGAUUUUAUAAACUACAUUUUAACAAAUUAUCCUAACAUUUACAUUGCCUAAUUCCCUCAAACAACAACAUUCUAAGCUUACGAUAUAACUAAAACAGGAAACAAGUACUUUACAGUUUAGCAAACUCUUCCUAAUAAUAUUAACAGGAUUUUGACUGUAAAUGGUAAAAAUUGGAAAUAAACUGGAGGUGAUAUUGUUGCUUCUUCUCAAUUAAUAGGAUAAACAUCCAGUGGAUUUACCUUUAAUCCAGAUGCAACCUUUGGAUUUUAAUUAUCAAUUGGUAUGUAACCUCUCUUCUCAGAUGUAACAGCCAACUCAUAUACAGGUACUGCAGCUACUCAACUCCCUAAUAAUGUUGGUGUAUUACUUAUGAUGAAUCCUUUAAUUAAAUUUUAAACUCCUACAGUCACUAAUACUUAAUCAACUCAAGAUCUUUCAAGUGCAUAAGGUGGUUAUACUUGCAUAUAAAUUUAAUUUAAAACUGAAGGCUAAUUAUCAGCAUUAUUCCCAAAUACUGCAUCUGCAACAACCCUUACUAUCAAGAAUAUGAAUUUACAAGCUUUUUCUAGCUCUCUAAAUGGAUAUUAAACUAACCUGGAUAUAUUUAUUUAGACUAUAGAUGGAAUUGCUGGUCCAUAAAACACUUAAACAAGAAAUGCAUAUGUCUUAGUAAACGGAUACUAUUUAAGUUCUUCAGCAUUACCAGGAAUUUCUGUUGGUGUAGCCAACUUUUAUACAUCUAGUGCUUCAGGUAUCGAUGGCUCCAUGGUUCCUGCAAUUUUAAGAAUUAAUGGUUAACUUAGUAAUCCUUCUCAAAAAAUUGUUGUCUUCUUUGAUAAUCUUAGUCCUUUGUAUUUUAACCAAAGUUAAGACUUAGUUGCUUGUUCUAGCACUCUUCCAAGUUUAACAACUGCUGAAUGCAAAGUAUAUGUUUCUCAAAACCCCAAUGUCCUUGCAUACUUUUAAAUGAGUAGAUUUGAAAUAACCGUAUAAUCACCUUCUUCCUCUACAAACUUUUAAGUGAUAAUACCAUUAGCAAUACCAGCUAAUUAAGUUAAGCUAACCUUAUAUUUAGGUACAAUCAAUAGUAACUCAGCAGUAACGUACGUAAAGCCUAUUCCUUAGUUUUCUUACACUCUUUAGGGUUCUGCCUUGGCUCCAUUCUAAGCAGCAGGUACAAGCAGUUAUAACUAUGGGAUAAGUUGCUCAAGCUGCAAAGCUGGUGAUACACAAGAUCCUUUAACUAUAAACGCCUCUCAUUCAGGAAAUGCUCCUAAUCCUAACGCAGCUGCUACAGACGUUGGAGCUGGUUUUACAUUUGUAGCUGAUUAUCCAUUUUAUAACUAAUAAUCAUCUGCAGUUACUAAUACUCCUGCUUAAUUUGGUACAUGUAUUUUAUUCUUGUAUCGUUUUAGUAGCGCAACUCGCUAUGGUUUGUUUUGUCCCUUAAACGGAGCUGUACCAUCAACUCCUAUUUCUGUGUCUAAAUGCAAUCUUCCAUAAUUACCGAUUGUCAAUGCUUAUGGUGCUUACUCUGAUAAAACUGGUGCUAUUUACUCUUUAUAAUUAAAUACUAAUAGCAAUAGUAUCCUUAAUCCUGCAACUAUAGCUUCUCCAACAUAGCUUCCUUCUAUUGACUCUUCAUAGACUGGCUAUGCAAUAUCAUUUACCAUAUAGACACCCACAGACCUCCCAUAGACUUUUGUGGUUUAAAUUACUAACGCAGCUAACUUAUAGCUCACAUCUAGAGCAGCAUAUUAAACAUGUAUGUCUACAAUUUUAACUACUACAUCUGUCUGCGCUAUUUAAAAUCCAACAAGUUUACAAACUUUAUAGUUUUUGAUAACUGUGAAAGGUGGAUAAAUAUUAAAAGGUACAAGUAUCUAAAUAAUUUUGUAUGGUCUUGUAACAGCUACUAAUGGAAGUGAUAUAAAUACAGCAACCAUAUAGAUUAUGGAUUCUACAGCUGCAACUACGUAUUCAUAAAUUUUAAAUCAAAGUAUAAAAUUCAAUAGUUUAGUAGCUCCUAACCCUCCAACUACUCCUGGAGUUUAUGCAACUGGAUUUGAUGCUUCUUCUAUAACAUAAUCGAAUUUAAAUAUUAAUGGACGCACUCAACUUUCUUUUAAUUUGUAUUUGCACUCAAAAUAUUUAUAUAGUGGAGAGAGAAUAUAAAUUUAAUUUGAUACAUUCUCAUCUGUUAAUGUUCAAAAUUUAGGAGAUUUAAGAUGUUUAGUAUAUUAUGUAAAUCCAAAUCCAAAUGCUCCUCCUGUGACUAACAUGCCUUUAACCAAUGAUAUAUAUUCUUUGCAAUUCUAGUAAAUUUCAAAUGUGCUCACAUUAAAUAUCAUAUUUAAGGUUACAGGAUACAUGAAAGAAAGAAAUUAUGCUGUAUAGUGUUAUAACUUUAAUGUGCCAGCAGUUGCUUCAUCAGCCAUUGACUUUAAAUUCUUUGCUUUACCAACCUUAACUCCUUCCGUGAGUUAAAAUUAACUAUUCCCUGUAGGUCCAGCAACUCUUUAAAAGUCAUCUCCUGCACUAUCCCCUGCAAUGUAAACAUCUCUUCCAACAUCAAAAGUCACUAAGCAAUAUUCUACACCAGGAAGUUCACUUGAGCUAAUCUUUGAAAUCGGAACAGCGAAUUCAGUGAUAAGUCAAACCUCUAGAGUGCUUGUUUAUUUCCCAAAUUACUAUCCUCGUCUACUCUCAAGAGAUGGCAAUAAUUUAUUUUGCUUACAAAGUGAUACUCUAGUAAUUUCAUGCAGCGUGCUAGAUAUAAGACUUUUAGAAAUCAAAUAUUUCCCUUAACAAGUUAAUAAAGGAGGAGUAUUGAAAUUUACUAUUAGCGGAGUAAUUUAACCUUUAAAUUACUCAGUAGGUAGCUUUUUAGUAGCAAUAGAUGAUGAUAAUAGCAACGGCUAACUUAACGAAUAUAUUGUUUUGCAAGAUAACCCUGUUUAGCAAGAUUAGCUUUUCUUGAAGGGAAGUCUAUUUGUUCAAUCAGCUACUAUCUCUUCAACUUAUUUGCUAUAAAACGGAGCUAGUUACUCUUUCUAAAUUUACUUAAGCAGUAGUAUGGAUUCUAUAAACUAUGGUUAGUUUGUAAUUGUAAACUUCCCUCAAAUAUUUGCAUAAUAACUCAGUGGCUACACAAAUCCAGUUUGUUCAAUUACAUUAUUAAAUUCUCCUGAGAAAGACUACUCUGGUGCAUGCUUAAGCUAUGGAUUAAGAAUUAAGAUUAAAGUGAAUGAGUUAAUGACAUCUGGAGCAUACUAUGUUAUUUCUAUUAAUAACAUAUACAAUCCUUCUGUGUUUGGACCUCAGUUUUACAAAUGGAUUAUUGAAGUUGGUGAUAAUAAUUAACAAUUUAUCGUUUACAAGAGUUUUGCUUCAACUUCAAAUUAUGUUGACUAUGUCUACUCCAUUUCACCAUAGUAGCAAUUGUUAAAUUUUGCAGAUGCUUCUGGAAAUCCAAUCACUUAAAUUGUACUGAUGUAAGGAGUUAUUAGUAAUCCUAUAUUUAUUCAAAGAUAGCUUUCGACAGCUUAUGUAUUUGCUAGAUCUUUUACUCUUGUUAGUUUAGUAGAUCAAAUUUUAACAUUGCCACUUAAGCCUACGGUGCAAGUUGGAACUUAAUCAAGCUCAUUUUAGCUUUUUGCCAGCAAUGCUAUUGGUAAGUACAAUUUAUAAUUGUAAAAGCUAGGUGAUGGAGAGUUUUAUGCUAAUUUACCUACUUUAAGUGUUGUUUUUGAUGCUACAAGCUCUUAAGUAAUAGCUUUUAAUGAACAGCCUUUAAUGGUAGACAUAUCUACUUCCGUUAUUUACUUAAGCUUAGCAACUUUACUUCCUGUAAGUGAUGUAUCUAUUACUUUUUCAGUUCCAAAUACGAACACCUUUACAGGAUUCGUUUUAGAUCCAUAAAAAUCUACUCUAAGAUUUACUCCAGCAGUAAGUUCUGGUACUCUUCCAUUCACUCUCUCUUCUCCUCCUGCAGUUGGAACAACUAUCAAUUUAUCUAUGGUUAUAUCAGGCACAAAUGCUGCAUCUUACUCUAUACCUACAAAUCCUUUAUAAAUUCAAUUUAUUGCAUAAGAUUCCACUACUUUAGCCGUUUCAGUUUCAUCAACACCUUCUACAACUUCUCCUACUACAGCAGUUCUUUCCGCAUAAUGUGGAAAAGCUGCUCAAUUCUAUUGGGGUAUUUCUGUAUCAUAUAGCUCUGAUACAACCAAAUGUGCUAUAACUUAAAAAUAAGUUAUUUCGACUUUAUAAGAUUCGAUUAAUGAUAUAUAAUUAUGUUUCUACUAAUUUGGUUAAGUCUAUAUUAAAGGAGCACAAACUGCAACAAUAAAUCUUACAAAUUUGAGAGUAAAUUCUUAAUAUAGGAUUUAUGGUUUAUGCCAAGAUGGAAGCAAUAACCAAUCAUUUACAACUAAUCCUGUUACAAUGACAACAUCUGAUAAUUCUGGAUAAGUGAUGAAACUAACAAUAGACUUUGAUGCUGCGCCUACUAUGGAAUAAAGAUAAAAGAUAUUAUGCUUCUUAACAUUAUUCUUCUAAGUGUAACCUCUCUAUCUAAAAUCGUUUGAUGGAACAUAUUGCCAAGAAUUAAAUCAAUCGAAUAGGAGAAGAGUAAGACUAUUGCAAGCUAAUUAGCAAGCAUAGCUAAAUUGCGCAGAGUCUUCUACUGAUUUGCCAAUUAUUACUUAACCAAACUUAUUUACUUAAACAUUCUAUUUUGGAAAAGCUAUGAAUGUAGAUAAUGACUAAGUUGCUACUUAAUUACUAAGCGCUACAAAAAAAGCUUGCUUCAAGACUUACUUUUAGUCAAACUUAUAGGGUAUCCCUAAUGUCAUAAACAUUUAUAAAGCCAUUUAAAUAUAAGCUUCUGCUCCAUCUCAAUCUUAAUCUCCUGUUACAUUUGUAGGAAAUAAUUGGAGCUAUUUCGAGAUGUAAUUGAAAUAAAAUGGUUUAAUUUAUAUGAUCAUAGAUUCUUCUGGUGGAACUCCAACUUCUUCAUAAGUUAUUCAAGGAGUUAACUCUUUAAGUAAACCUGCUCUUGCAUAAGCCAGUAUAGCUGUUGACACAUUAAUAAACCCAAGUGGUAAUUUUACAUUUGCACCUCUAACUGCUGGUUAAAGUUAUACCAUCUAUUAUGUUCUUAGUAACGAAAAUCCUUUCCCAGAUUAAAGCAUUUUCUCUUCAGUAUAAAAUAUCCAAGUAACAGCUACAGCUAUACCUAUUGAUUCCUUUGCAAAUACUUUAAAAUUCUAACUGAUUUUAGUUUCUAUUAUUUUAGUAACUUUUGUAUGA